GUAUUUUUAGCUGAAGCAGAUAAACAUUUAGCGGAUCCAGUUAUUAAUUGUCCUAGUUCAAGAUAUACGAGAGUUGAAGAUGCAGAUGAUGAAAAUGAUUAUAGUAGUUGUAGUCAGACAGUUGAACAUAAUAAGAAAUACAGAGACA